AUGAGUGUCAAAGAAGUUACCCUCAAGCCCUUCACCGACCAGAAGCCCGGAACCUCCGGGCUACGAAAAAAGGUCACUGUCUUCCAGCAACCUCACUACAGCGAAUCCUUCGUAACAAGCAUCCUCCUCUCGAUCCCAGAAGGCGUGCAAGGCAGCUUUUUGGUCAUUGGCGGUGAUGGACGGUACUGGAAUCCGGAGGUCGUUCAGUUGAUCGCCAAGAUUGGAGCUGCCUACGGGGUCAAGAAGCUGCUAAUCGGCCAGAAUGGUAUCCUGAGUACGCCUGCAGCUAGCCAUGUUAUUAGGAAGCGCAAGGCUACUGGCGGUAUUCUGCUGACUGCUAGCCACAAUGCUGGAGGUCCUAAGGCAGAUUUCGGCAUCAAAUACAACCUCUCGAAUGGUGGCCCAGCUCCUGAAUCCGUUACGAACAGCAUGUUUGAGAAAUCCAAGACGCUGACCUCCUAUAAGAUUGCUGAUCUUCCCGAUAUUGACAUCGCCAACAUUGGCACAAAGACCUAUGGCUCCCUAGAGGUCGAGAUCAUUGAUUCGGUUGCGGACUACAUGGAGAUGCUGAAGGAUAUCUUUGACUUCGCCCUGAUCAAGAAGUUCUUCCAGCACCACAAAGACUUCAAGGUCUUGUUCGAUGCUCUCCAUGGCGUCACCGGGCCAUACGGCAAGGCCAUCUUCGAACAGGAGCUUGGUCUCCCAAGUUCGAGCACGCAAAACUGCAUUCCCUCGCCAGACUUCAAUGGCGGCCAUCCCGACCCUAACCUCACCUAUGCCCACUCCUUGGUCGAGGCUGUGGAUAAGGGAGGCAUCCACUUCGGAGCUGCUAGUGACGGAGAUGGAGAUCGAAACAUGAUCUAUGGUGCCAAUGCUUUUGUUUCUCCUGGAGACAGCUUAGCUAUCAUCGCCCAUCACGCCAAACUCAUUCCCUACUUCAAGAAGCAAGGUGUCUAUGGCCUAGCCCGCAGCAUGCCAACCUCUGGUGCGGUCGACCUCGUCGCCAAAGCCCAAGGACUGAGCUGCUACGAAGUCCCCACCGGAUGGAAAUUCUUCUGUGCUCUUUUCGACGCCGAUAAACUCUCCAUCUGCGGCGAAGAAUCUUUCGGCACCGGAAGCAACCAUAUCCGCGAGAAGGACGGACUCUGGGCCGUCGUUGCAUGGCUGAAUAUCAUUGCGGGUAUUGGUGAAGCUCAUCCUGACGUGACGCCCAGCAUUUCCAAGAUCCAGCAUGAUUUCUGGACUACGUACGGACGUACGUUCUUCACGAGAUAUGAUUAUGAGAAUGUGGAUAGCGAGGGCGCUGCGAAGGUUGUUAAGGGGUUGCAGGAGAAGAUUGCUGAUAAAUCGUUUAUUAAUUCGACAGUCGGCGACCGCACAGUGAAAGAUGCAGGAGACUUCUCCUACACGGACCUCGAUGGCAGUGUGUCCUCCAACCAAGGCCUAUACGUCAAGUUCUCCGACGGCUCACGUAUUGUCCUCCGUCUAUCCGGAACCGGUAGCUCGGGCGCUACGAUCCGGCUUUAUAUUGAGAAGCAUACCGGCGACAAGAGUACCUAUGAGCAAGAUGCUCAGGACUACUUGAAGCCGGAUAUUCAGCUCGCUACGGAUUUGCUGAAGUUCCAGGAACAUAUUGGCCGGACGCAGCCGGAUGUUAAGACGUAA